CGUGUCUGCCGAUGUGGUUCUUGCCCCACUGAGGGAGGCCCUCAAUGCCUGCCACCCCACAGUGCAGAAGCAAGUGUGCGACGACAUCAGGCGGCGGCUGAUAGUAUUGGAGGAUGCGUGGGCUCAGGGGAAGCUGUCGGCCCCAGUGAGGAAGAGGAUGAGCCUCCUGGUGCAAGAGCUCCAGCAACAGCACUGGGAUGCGGCUGAUGAGAUCCACCGCUCGCUCAUGGUGGACCAUGUGAACGAGGUGAGCCAGUGGCUGGUGGGCAUCAAGCGACUGAUUGCAGAGACGAGGAACCUGCCUGCUGCCAAUGGGGGGGACCCACAGCAGCAGGCACAUGGCCCAGCUCUUCUGCAGGAGGAGAUGCCCCCCAAGGAGUUCUAA